GCUCCCUCCCUAAUCUCCCUCCCUCCGCUCCUACAGGAGAGACAGACAGAGCAGGCUGCAAGGACCCAGACGAGAGACAGCUCCCUGGGAGGAUGAGAGUGCUCUGUGCAGCCUAGAACAGCAGCGGGGACUGUGUGUGGGGGGAGCCUGGGCUGCUGCAUGCUGUGUGGGGCGGCAGCAGGGGAUCCCAUGCGAUGUGAGUGAGCUAUGCAUUUUGGAAAUGGCCAGGCUGAAGUCCUAAGAAAAGAUGGCGCCUCCCCCCUUGCCCCGGGACUGCGGCUCUGCCCCCUCUUCCUUCUCGCCGCUGGGCUCUUGCUGGGGCUCGGCUCGGGGGCAGACUCGGGAUGGUGCCAGCCCUGCCCGGGCAACUGCUGGUGUGGCAACGACUCGUGCCUGGUGAACUGCUCCGGUGCGGGGCUGCAGCAGCUGGAGGCUGUCCCUGCCAAUGUCACCGUCCUAGAUCUCCGGAACAACAGCAUUGAAACCCUGGACAAAGGACUAUUGGAACAACUGCAGAAUCUAACAGAACUAUACCUGAGUGACAACCCCUGGCUGUGUGACUGCCGUCUCUCCUGGCUCCCUCGCUGGGCUGCUGAUAAUGAGGUUAGAAUCGAGCAGUGGGAUUCCGCCCUCUGUGACCGGCCCGCCACGGCGUCUGGCCAGCAGCUACUCAAUGUGUCGUUCUCCAAGUCCACUUGUGGAGGCGAUCUUCUCUAUUGCCCCAGCAAUCUGUCUUCAGGCGAUGAAUUUGCGCUGACGUUCACGCCCAUCUCCCUGGCUCAUCCCGGUAAUGAAUCUUGCAGUGCCCAGUGCUUUGCGGAGCUCUACAGCCACUGGGCCCUAGACGCUGAGCGUGGCUGCCUGUGUGGUGACACUGCCCCCACCAACGCGUCUCUUGAGUGUCAGGAGCUAUGCGAUGAACCGUCGGUCCUGUCUGACUGUGGCCUGUCUGUGAUCCAUGAUGUUGGCAGCGCUCAGUCGUUCACCUCAUUACACAUCUCCAGAGAAACAUACGAACUGGGGGAAGCUGUACAUUUACAGGUCAGGGCUCCGGUGCCCGUUACUCCUCUGGUCUGGGACUUGGGGAACAACCAGAUUUUCAGCACUAGCGAGGUGAACGUCACGCACAGGUACGCUCAGCCUGGGCUUUAUAACGUGACGGUGACUCUACGUCUGGGCCGCAGAGAUCUCCUUGUGUCUGAGGAGCUGAGAGUGGAGGGGUUACCGGAGGAUAUGCAGAUUGUGUGCCCGUCUCUGCUGAGGACUAGUGAAACUGUGGACGUCCGUGUGAUGGUGAUGGGUGGAACAGAGGUGGCGGUUCAGCACACGGUGACCCAUGAGAACGGUGACGCAGUUUCCCCCGUGUGCCCGGUUGGAUGUGUGGUAUACCCCCCUAAUAAUCACUGUUACCAGCUGGUAUCCCAGAAAGCUGCCUGGUUCGAGGCUCAGAGGACAUGCCAAGAUCUUGGAAAUGGGGACAUGGCGAUUGUGAGCAGCUACGAAUUGCAGAAGUUUCUGGAGACUCGCGUCACCAGCGGUCUGGAGGUGUGGAUCGGCUUCAACGACACCAGGAGCGCGGAGUCUCUCCCCGCGGGGAAGCGCUUUGACCUGGAAAGCUGCCAAAACUGGCUCCCGGGGCAGCCCGAGCCAUCUCAGGAGGACCGCUGUGUGAAAAUGGGGCCCAAUGGGGUUUGUAACACAGACCUGUGCAGCGCGAAGCACAGCUAUGUGUGCGAAUAUAAGCCGCAAGCCCUUACUCUAAACGCAGAAUACCUUGUGGCUGGAUCUCUGGUUUUCGACACAAAUUGGCAUCUGCAAAACUUGACGAGAGUUGAAGAGGAGUUAUUUCCUGACGGAGAGGUGGAGGUGCUAAUUUACCCUGGUUUCAGAUUUAGAAAGGAAGUGUAUUUAUCCGCUCUAGAAUUUGUCACUGUGGAGGUGCAGCAACCGGUCCAGAUUAGGUUUCAGGUGUACGAACCAACCAGAGAGCAAGAUUGUCCUGUUGGAAGUACAACAUCUCCCCCUACCAGCCUUCCCCGGUGUGUAGAAGAAGAGAUGGGCUCAUCUAAUUACACAAACAGCAGCUCACCGGUGGAAAGUGGGUGCCUCCCUUACAAUGAGUCUACGGUCUCUGAGGCCUUACUACCAAGCCGGUUCAAUAGCAGCCUCCCUAACUUCACCCUACUGAAGGACUAUCACUUUAGAAUCCCACCAGGAAACGCAACACAAUUUUGGACCUCUUUUAAGGAUCUAAGAGUUCGGGUGCUCCCAGGUUUCCUCAUUGUUGUCCAACACGAUGCCCCACGUAAGAAGUUUCUACAUUGCCACUCCUCCAAGUCCUUCCGAUGUUUUCACCAGCCAAGUUGGUUGAACUGUAUUCCUGGGCAUCUCCUUGGUCGAGCAAUGGACAACAACACAGCUGAAAACUGGUCCUGCCAGGAAGGAUGGGACGAGGGAACAUCUUGCCCCAUCAGAGUCAUUGGCACCACGGAAGAAAUUGCUCCUAUUUUCAGCCGUCAGCCAAACCCGGGUCUGCGCCAUCCUGGGACCUACACAGUCACGGCAAACUUCAGCAACCAGAUAUUUGAAGCUACUCUGUCUUGUAACUUCUCUGUGGUGUCACCAAUUUCCAACUUGAGUGUCAUCCACCCCGUACCACAAGAUAAGAUGCAUUACAUUCCUAGCAAUCACACUGUGCUGCUCCUCAGGAUCCUCUCCGGCUCCAAUGCCACAGCCUCUUGGCUAGGCAGCAACCAGAGCUGGGCCUUUGAGCGUACGUGCCCUCCAUCGAUCGCUGCACUGAGCAAAGAGUGCGCUGCGGGGAAUGAAGACGUUUCUUACGCAGCGAUCCAUCUGAGCGGGCUUGGUAAAGGAGUCGUGGAAAUUCUAAUAACCGCAGAAAAUGCAGUGAGCUCGCAGAACAUAACGAUUCUGGUCAAAGUGGAGGAACCCAUCAGAGGAUUGAGCAUCAAUCCUUACCCUCAGGAAAGAGUGCUGGUGAACACUCGCGUGAAUAAUGUAGCCUCAGUGGAAGCCGGCUCAGAUGUGGUAUUUAAGUGGACUGUGGACGACCGCUCAUCUUUUACCUACUACAACACAGUCUUCAACGUCAUCUACCAAACUGCAGACAUUUACAAGCUCACGCUCACCGCCUCAAACCACGUCAGCAACGCCUCCGUCAGCUACAAUGUCACGGUAGAAAAGAUGAACCCAAUGCGUGGCCUGGAAUUGUCUGGGGCCCCUAGCAUUGUAACCCAGAAUGCUUUGCUGGAGCUUUCCGCUAGUAUACUCAUUGACUCCGCAGUUGACGCCACGUUUCGAUGGAUGUUUGGCGAUGGCACGCAGCGUGAUUACCUCUUUAAGCCUCCAUACAACCAGUCGUUUUCCAUUCCUGACCCACCUCUCCACAUGGUGCUUAUCGAGCACAAUGUCACCCACGUCUACCAGGAAUCAGGAGCAUAUACUAUGACACUGGCAGUAUUCAACAAGUAUGAGAACAUGUCUAAGAUGGUCUCCCUGCAAGUUCAAAGCUUCUUGACCAACCUAACUAUUGGAACUGAUACUGAAAUCUUGGUCAGCAGAAGGCCUGUCAGUUUCCAAGUGAGAGCUGAACCGUCUGCAUUUGGCGUCAUCUACUCUUGGGACUUGGGCGAUGGCUCUUUCCAGCCUAAUAGCAGUGAGCCAGCAGUCAAUUACACCUAUGACCGCAAAGGGACAUAUAAUGUCAGUGUUCAAGCCAUGAAUUGCAUCAAUGAAAUUUGGGCGUCGAAAACCAUUCAUGUCUACGAAGAGAUUACUGGUUUGGCUGCGUCUUCAGAUGAACCAACCGAGAGAGGUUUGCAGACGUUUAUUAAUGCUUCGGUGGAAACAGGAGACUAUAUCACCUGGUAUUUUGACAUGGGUGACGGCAAUAUCCGAGAGGUCAGUGAGCCGAUGAUCAACUACACGUAUUGUAAAGAUGGAAACUACACGGUCAAUAUCACCGCAAGCAAUCCAGUGAACUCCUUAUCAGAGAUCUUACAGGUCCGAGUAUACAUCUUACAAGUUCUUAAAAUAGAGCCCUCUACUUGUAUUCUGGAAAAUGCAAACGUCACUCUGACUGCAUAUGUUACAGGAGAUUAUGAAAACUAUGUUUUUAACUGGACCUUUGGCAAUGGUUCUUCAAGUGUCACCAUUCAUGGUGUCCCAUCAGUGGAAUAUGACUUUUCGACCAGUGGCAUAUUCCCUCUUUCCCUCAUCCUCUCCAGCCAAGUGAACAAAGCAUACUACUACACCAAUAUUUGCAUAGAACCAGAGAUAGUCAAUAUUACUUUAUUACCAGCUCAACAGAGUGUCAGCCUGGGCAACGAGAGUCACUUUCAAGCCAUAGUCUUCCCUUCUUAUCAGUAUCGAUACAUAUGGGAUUUUGGGACUAACGGCUCUAAAUAUCACGGAGGGACAGAAGUGAGCUUUACCUACAAAGUUCCAGGUGUCUACCAAGUCUCUGUGUCGGUAUUCAACAACGUGUCUUUCCACAAUGGCAGCGCCUUUGUUGACAUCCAAGAACCAAUUGGAACAAUCAAAAUUGAACACAAUGGUACAGCUGUUAUUGAGCUAGAUCAGACGUAUGUAUUCACAGCUGUAGGAAAUGGGACGAAAGUCACGCAUCAUUGGGAUUUCGGCGAUGGCAUUACUGAUGAAGGACAGUCAGUCGCUCAUGUAUAUACCACCACGGGAAUGUUUACCAUCCACCUAAAUAGCUUUAAUAACAUUAGUAGCAGUAGAACACACAUGAAUGUCACUGUCAAGACCAGGAUGCAAGGUCUGACCAUGAAUGCCACCAGGACAGUAGUUCCUUUAAAUGGCUCAGUCACCUUUUUUGCCUUCCUCCAAGUUGGAGAGGCCGUCCGUUACUCAUGGAUCCUGUGCGAUCGAUGCUCACCUAUAUUUUGCAAUUCCACAAUUUCAUAUACUUUCCGCUCCAUUGGUACGUUUAACGUGAUUGUGACGGCUGAGAAUGAGCUUGGUUCUUUGCAGGACAGUAUUAUUAUUUAUGUCUUGCAAGUGAUCGAGGGGCUUCAGAUUCAGCUUCUGACCGGUGAAUUGGUCAACGAUUGCUGUUACCCAACCAACAAAACUCUACCUCUGCAGGCCACCGUAAAGGACGGGACUAACAUCUCGUACAGUUGGCUCAUCAUGAAGAAUGACAGUGUUGUUCAGAGUGGCACUGGAAAGAACUAUCAGUUUACCAGUCUGCAGCCGGAAACAUACACCAUUGUCUUAAAAGCUGUCAAUAUGUUGGGAAAUGCGAGCGUCAGCAGAAGUGUAGUGUUUGUGGAGAAGAUUGGAGAAGUCCAGCUGUUUGCAUAUCCUAACCCAGCUGCAGUUAAUACCACGGUCAACAUUAGUAUGAGCUUGAGUAGUGGGUCUGGGGUGAUGUACACUUGGUAUCUGGAAAGUGUUGUUUGGUUUACUUAUAAUUCUUAUAUCCUCUAUAAUUUCCAAAGCCCUAAUCCAAAGCAGGUGUUUGUGGUUGCCAACAACACCCUAGGUUUAGUCAACUCAACGAUUUCCGUCUUUGUUCAACAACCUAUUGAAGGGUUGUUUAUUACAAGCCAACACCAGAAAGGAGAUUAUGUAUCCACAGGAACUGACCUUGACCUCAUAGGUAGUGUUCAACAUGGCACAAAUGUUUCUUGGACCUGGAACAUUCCAGGUGGUGAAGGAAAUUCGGCCGUUGCAUUCUUUAAUGAAUCUGGAUUCUACACCAUCAGCCUCAAUGCAUCAAAUGACGUGAGCUGGGAAAUUGCCCACAAAAACAUCACCGUGCAAGACAAAAUACACGGUCUAAAGCUGCUGGUAAGCAAGAUGGUGGUGGAACCUGGACAGAUAGUCGUCUUUAACGUGAGUUUGCUAGCUGGUACUUCUGUAAGCUAUGAGUUGACAAUAAAUGGAGACUUCUCUAUUUCACUUAAUGGCAGCUGUUACACUCAUGAAUUCACAAAGAUUGGUGGCUACCCUGUAACAGUAGUAGCACACAACCAGGUGAGUGAAGAACGGGACACGGUGAUGAUCUCUGUGCUUGAAGCCAUAAAGAAUUUAGAAAUUCUGAACUGCUGUGAGGCCGCCAUACCAGCCAAGAUCGAGAAGAGCUUCAGAGCGGAGGUCAGCAAUGGCUCGCUGGUUGCUUACAACUGGCAUUUUGAUUUGCAGGGGCAUGCCGCAAUUAGUUUGGCGGGCAGAAAUGUGACAUACACCCCAGUGGCUGCUGGUAUCUUGAAAAUCCACUUGAGUGCAUCGAAUGCUUUGGGUAGUCUGAACAUCUCAAAAGUUAUACGAGUUCAAGAUCGGAUUGUUGGUGUUAGGUUGACACCGGUCAAUACAUUUGUCAACAGAAGUGUCACGUUUACUGCUCUUGUGCUCCCAAAUCCUCUAGAUGUUAGGUUUGAGUGGAAGUUCGGGGAUAAUACUCCUAGUUUGGUGACUUACAGUGCAGCUGCCAAUCAUACUUACCAAACAGUGGGGGACUUCUUAGUUAAGGUCAAUGCCUCUAACCUGAUCAGCUUUUGGAUCACUGAAAUGACUGUUACCACCCGGAUCCUGGAAUGUGAGGAACCAGAGGUGCAGCUGGAGCUACCUACUCAAGUGAUUAUGAGGAGAUCCCAAAAGAAUUAUAUUGAGGCUAAGAUUGACCUACGCAAAUGCAUUAGCUAUAAAACAGAACACCUGUGGAAGAUCUAUAGAGCUUCCAGCUGCCUCCACUAUCACCAGUCAGACAAAGUUCAUCUUCAAAGCGUCGAUAUGAGUAGGCCUCAGCUUGUGGUACCCAAACUAGUUCUUGAUAUUGGAGACUACUGCUUUGUGUUCUCAGUGUCCUUUGGCGACACACCCCUGUCUAGAAGCAGCUUUGCCAAUGUUACCAUGAUGCCCAGCAGAUUGGUGCCCAUCAUUGCUGGUGGAUCCUAUCGUGUUUGGUCUAGUAGUCGGGAUUUAAUAUUGGAUGGAAAAAAGUCUUAUGAUCCAAACCUAGAAGAAGAUGAGCAGACUCCCCUGAUAUACAGAUGGUCUUGUACAACAUUUACAAAGAAUUUUGAAUGGACUGCCUGCGAUUCAAUGGUCACUUCAGAUUUGGGGGAAAUGCUUAUUAACAAGUCGAAGCUGCAAACAGAUGUUGAGUACACGUUUUUUCUGUCCGUCAGCAAACCUGGCAGGAUUGCAGAAUCCACCAAUCAAACGGUAUUAAUUAAAAAGGGUAGCGUACCCAUCAUAUCGCUGAAGUGCGUAUCAUGUAAGGCGCAGUCCGUGUAUGAAGUGAGCGCCAGCUCCUAUAUUUAUCUGGAAGGAUCCUGUAUGAACUGUCACAAUGAUGCCAGAUCCGGGAGGUGGACAGCUCAGAGCUUUGGCAACAAGACCUUGAUACUCAAUGAGAGCACCACAACCACCGGAAACCGAGGGAUGAACCUGGUGCUCAGACAGGGGGUGCUGAGAGACGGAGAGGGGUACACCUUUACGCUACAUGUCCUUGACCCUUCCAUGGAUGAAGAAGGGUUUGCCUCGAUCGAUCUGCUCCCCAAUAGCCCACCUUCUGGGGGAACCUGUAGAAUCAACCCUAAUGGGACCAUACACGCACUGAUCACACCAGUCCACUUUAAUUGCACAGGGUGGAGGGAUACAGAGGAUGGAGUGUCCCUCGUGUUCAUUCUGAGAGCUAAACGCUGCCGGCCCGGGCACUGUGAUGACUUCUGGGUCUACAAAGGUAUCAGGUCAGAGCACAGCACCUUCCUGCCUGCAGGCUACCAUGAGUCCAACUACUCGGUGGAGCUGUCCGUACUGGUGCAGGACCAGCAGGGGGCCACCGCUGUGGCCUUAAACCGCACGCUGGUAGUUUCUAUGCCCUUCAUCCCGAAUGGUUUCCCCAGCCUGGCACAUUGGCUGCACAACCUCACGGAGACCGCACUCCAGGGCUUGCUGAAGCAGGGAGACCCCCAGCAUGUGGCGGAGUAUUCUUUGGCUCUCAUCACUGUUCUGAAUGAGUAUGAACAGGCUAAUGACCGACAAGAAGAGGCCGGCGAGUUGAACCUGGGUCUGGUACGCAAGAAGGUCACAGACGCUCUGAUAUCGCUGAAAGUGAACACAGUGGAUGAUAUACGACAGAUCACCGCUGUGUUAGCACAGUGUACGGUGGCCAGCAAAGAAUUAGCAUGCGCCUUUUGUCAGCGGAAAACUCUCAACAAACUGGAGGCCAUGAUGUCCAUUCUGCAGAAUGAGACGACGCAGGGAAUGAUGACUCCCACCACCAUCGCGGACAACAUCUUGAACAUCAUGGGAGAUGUCAUCCAUCUUGUAAAUACCAAGAGCUCCGUUCACCGGGAAGGGAAGCUGUGUAGUGGCCUCAACACUGAGAUCGUGGCCUCGGAGGCUUACAACCUGUCCUCCGACCUCAUGCGUAUUAUGAUGAAGUCCAGGGUGCUGAAUGAGGAGCCCCUGAUCUUGCAGGGAGGGGAGAUCCUGGCCAGGGGCAAACGGUCGGAUCCUCUCAACCUCCUCUGCUACAGCAAUAGGACGGGCUGCCAAUUCUUCAUCCCACAAGGCUUUAACAGCACGUUCCCUGACCUGACGGACAUCAUUCAGGUCAUGUUCCAAGUAGACUCUAACCCGUAUCCUUUUGGCUUCAUCAGCAACUACACGGUCUCCACCAAGGUAGCGUCCAUGGAAUUCCAGACUAGUAACGGGAGCCAGAUCCCUGUUGAGAGCUUGGACUCGGAAAAGGCCAUCACGGUUAGUGUCGCCAAUAGCAGCGGUGUUGGGAAUAUCACGGCUGGCGUGGCUACAGUUGACAGCCUGCGUUCGGUUAAAGUGGACAUCAGAGCAGAGAGCAGUAAUGAGAAUGCCGGUCUCCAUAUACAGAUCACUUAUCAGGUGCAAGACGCUCGUUACACAAGCGAUGAGCGGGACCCAUACAUCUCUGUUUAUCUGCAUGAGACUGGUCACCCCAACCAGUACAACUACAGCGACAUGAAGCAGAUAAGACUAGAUGCCUUGGCCGGAGAUGACCACAAGUUGUACACGUUCUUCAUAGCUCCCACGGAUGGAAACAUGACCCGAUUCUACUACCUGAACAUCACUAAUCACUACAGGUGGUCACCUGUGGACGUGACGGUGGGACUAUACACCUCCCUCUGCCAGUACUUUGAUGGUAAUGACAUGAAGUGGAAGACAGAGGGCGUUGUCCCCUUGGAGGACACCCGACCAGACCAGGCUGUGUGUUUAACCCAACAUCUCACUGCGUUUGGUGCCAGCCUGUUUGUCCCGCCUCAUUCGGUCAACUUUAUCCAUCCCCCACCUCCCCUUGGUAUUAACUACAUUGUCCUGCUUACCUGUGCCGUCUGCUUUGCCACCUACUCUGUGGCCUCCAUUAUUGUCCACAAACUGGACCUACUGGACGUGAACAAGGCUGGGGUUAUUCCUUUCUGCGGGAAGGCUGGAUUCUUUAAGUACGAAGUCCUGGUGAAGACAGGAUGGGGUCGGGGAUCUGGUACCACAGCUCAUGUGGGGAUCAGUCUGUAUGGUGUGGAUAAUAAAAGUGGCCACAGACACCUAGACGGGGAGAAUACCUUCCGCAGGAAUAGCGUGGACAUCUUCCAGAUUGCCACUGAGAAGAGCCUGGGGAACGUGUGGAAAAUCCGCCUGUGGCACGACAACAAAGGUCUUAGCCCAUCGUGGUACGUACAGCAUGUUAUCAUCCGAGACUUGCAGAGCAGUAAGAAUUUCUUCUUCCUGGUCAACGACUGGCUGUCUGUGGGUCAGGAGGAGAGUGGACGUCGGGUGGAGAAGGAGAUUUUUGCUGCCAGUGAAACCGAGCUGAAGAGAUUCACCCGCAUCUUCGUGGCGGAACUGCAGAGGGGUAUAUCAGAGAAGCAUGUGUGGCUCUCCAUGUGGGAUCGACCCCCUCGUAGCCGCUUCACCCGUGUCCAGAGGGCCACCUGCUGUGCAGUCCUUAUAUUCCUUAUCCUCUGCGCCAACGCUGUGUGGUACGGUGUGGUGGGAGAUCGGAAUUACGGGGGAGGAGCGGUGUCCCAGGUGGUCCCUCUCAGCGUAGACUCGGUGGCUGUCGGACUGGUGACCAGCGUCUUGGUGUAUCCCAUCUACCUGUUUGUUCUCUUCCUGUUCAGACGUGCUCGCAGCAAGACCUGUGUCAGGCCGUCCCUCACAUACUUUGACCAGCACUCUUUGGAAAUUGAUAAUUACUUGGACACGAUGAUGAUGGAGAGUUCCUUCAUGACGUACACAGGAAUCCAUGGCGAGACAUUUUUUGACCAAACCAAAACAGAAAUCCCUGUGGAUGAUACAAAGAGCUUCAUCCAGUGGAAUGCCAACGAAGGGAUGCUCAGCUGGCCAGACCUACUGAGUGACCCGUCCAUCAUGGGAAACACUAUUCAAAAGCUGGAGAGGCACCGGUCCAGCCGCCAUGGGCUGGAUGCCAGCUCUCACCCCAGCGAGGAUGACAGUGUGGUGCUAGGACUUCCCCAGUCGUUGCCUCGCCAGUACAUCGCCUCAGAUGGAGCCAGUAGUAUGUCUCUUCCCCGAGAGCUCCGGAGGAUCUCCCAGACUGAGACCGAUCUCCUGUCAGACUUAUCGAACCCUUUUGGAGACAAAACGGAAACCAUUAUGCUGGAUAAACUGAAUGAGAAGGGACAGACUCUGACCGGGCCGCCCAGGGACCUCAGCAAAUCUGUCAAGUCAACUAGGACAGUGAUCACCGACGCCUUCCAGAGACGCAGACCGAUGCUGCCAUCUUGGUGCACCCGGGUGGCUCACGCUCUCAGCUGCUUCCUGCUCCUUUGCUGUUUUGUGGUGUCGGUAUGGAUUGGGGUGGGCUUCACCUCCAGCGUGGGUCUGAUGUGGCUCAUCUCCGGGAUAUUCAGCUUCCUCUGCUCCUUCUUUCUUCUGGAGCCAUUGAAGGUCCUGGCAGAAGCCGUGUACUUUGCUUUGGUGGUGAAGCGUUUGCACCCAGAGGAAGAGGACACUCUUGUGGAAUGCCCACUGGUGGAACAGGUCUCUGAGAGGAUCACCAAAGUACGACCCCCACAGGGAUUUGCUUUGUUCCAGGCCAGAGAGGAGGCACGCAAGGUCAAGCUGCUGCACAGGAUGCUGAAGAACCUUGUGGUGUACAUGCUCUUCUUUCUGGUAGUUCUCCUGACAAACUAUGGCGACCCAUCCGUCAACUCCAGUGCCUACCUGCUGCAGCGCUCAGUCAGGCAAGAGCUGGGAGGACAGAGAUUCCUGCACAUCAGGAGGUCGGAGGACUUUUGGGCCUGGACAUCAGAAGUUUUGCUGCCAUAUUUAAAUAACAACCAGCAUGGUAGCUACAGCAACUUGCUAGGGACGGCUCGUUUACGCCAGGUGCGGGAAAAGAAAGCAGCGUGCAGCGCCCCCUCACUCACCAUCCGGGGAACCUGUGCGGAGGAAUCUGUGGUCUUUGAUGAUGCGGACUAUGGCAUUGGUUGGAUAAAUAGCCCCGCCUCCUCUUCCCAGGCAUGGUUGCAUUGCCCUCCCAAUAGUACAAGGGCCUGGUACUGGGGUUCUCUGUCCUUCUAUGACAGCUCCGGGUAUGUUCAGCAGCUGGGUGCCAGUCUGGAGGAGAAUGAGGUCAUCUUGAGAAACCUUCAACAAGAUCAUUGGAUCGACACCCUGACGAGGGCGCUGUUUGUAGAGUUCUCGCUGUACAGCCCCGGUGUUGACCUGUACUCCUCCGUUACGCUGCUCCUGGAAUUCCCCCUGGCCGGUAGAACGCUCCCAUCUGCAGAGAUCAGGGCCUUUCCCUUGCUACGCCUGAACAGCGGUAACCAGCUUCUCCUCAUCAUGAUGGUCUUUCUGAUGAUGUUUGUUGUGUAUUUUGUGCUGUCGGAGUGCCUGGCCAUAAGGAAGGAGGGGCGACUGUACUUCACCCACUUCUGGAACUACGUCCAGUGGUUGCUGACGGUGCUGACAGUCUGCACCGUGGUGGUCUACCUCAGCCGAGGCAGCCUUGCUGACUGGCUUUGGAACACCUAUGUGAAUGACAAAGCCGCCUUUAUUAACCUGCACCACGUGGCCUUUUUGGGGAACGCCUUCCACGGUCUCUCUGCAUCCUUACUCUUCCUCCUUACUGUCAAGGCUGCACAACAGCUGCGCUUCAUCAGAGAGUGGUCAGUGUUUGGGAAGACGCUGAGUAUGUGUGGGACCGACCUGUGCGCUGCAUCUGGGGCAGUGCUGGGGCUCCUGCUGGUCUAUGCUCAGCUGGGCUUUUUGCUUUUUUCCUCGUCCUGGGAGAGAUAUCACAGCUUCGGCUCCAGCAUCCUGUCUCUGUUCUUUGUGUCUCGUGGCACCAUUAGUCUGAAAGCCCCGUCCCAGUACUCCUCUUAUGUGCACCACCUCUACUUCAUGAGCUACCUGGUCCUGGAGGUUUGGAUACUGAUGAGAUUCUUUGCAGCCAUGUUGAUUAAGAGUUACCAUCAGGUGCGGCUGGACAUGUUCCGACCGGCAUUUGAGCCCCAGGAUUAUGAGAUGGUUGAGCUGUUUCUCAGGAGGCUGCGGAUAUGGAUAGGAGUCAGCAAAGUAAAGGAGUUCCGUCACAAGGUGCGAUUUGAAGGUAUGGAGCCACUUCCGUCGCGUUCCUCUAGUGACUCCAAGUCACUUCGGGGCUCCACCCCUAGCGCAGCUUCAGACACCUCUUCCUCCUCAUCCUUCUCCACCAUCUCCAGCCAGUUGGACACUCUGAGCGCUGGAAGCACCAGGGAGAGAGCAGAGGUGGAAGCCAACAUCCAGCGAUUGCUGCCUGUUCUGGAAACCUUACUGUCACAGUUUGACAUAGUCAACCACGCCACAGAGGAGGUGUAUCAAAUCGAACGCAGCCUAGAAGAUGUACAAACAAGGGUAGCCAAGAGCAAGCAGCAGCCCGGGAAUAGUCCAAACAUUAGGCCCCCAUGCCAAGUGACUCAGGGGCUCCACCAGAGCUCCACCCCAACACACGGCAGACGUUCUAAAUCUGGGGCUCCACACCGGCUGGCCAAGAGCUCUUCGCACGCAUCACGGCCUUCCACAGUUUCUCAGGUAUUAGUAGAGAGCACUUCAGCAAGCAAGGUCAUUACUGUGGACAAGGUGGUGGCGGAAGAGCCUGCCCUCAUCCCUAUGCAACUAACACAAAGCAAAAGGAGGAAGUCAGUGCGGACCCACAACAGAGUUCACCCCAGCGUCAGUUAGCAAUCAGUGUCUCUGUGGGUUCACACUUCACUGUCUCCGCUAAAUUGUGGACCGCCCAAGGAGGCUCUGUUUGCACCUCUCGAGAAGUAUUACGAUAACUUUCAAAUAUAUAUCCAGGUAUAGUUUCUGCCAACCAUCUGGAAAGCUCUUGAGAUCCAUUGCAGACUUAAGAAUAACUCUCUUGGCACAUGCGCCUGUUGACGGUCGGAUGUGCCAUGGAACCAAUUCCUUUUUGUCAGUGUUUCCAAGCUACGGCAACGAGCAACAGUUCAUUCUGGACUCUGUCUUGGUUCUAAAGCUCUUGGGCCCUGGUGGCUCCUUACUUUUUAGCCAUGUCACUCAGUAGGUACUAGUUGGUUUGAAAGCUUUACAUUUGUAAGCCCUGGCGGCUUAUACCGAAUCUGUGUCCUGGUGCCCCGGUGGCUCUAGGUGUGUCAUUGUAUAAUGAGCCCUGGUGGCUCGUACUCUGAUUUAUAGACAGCUGGCUGUCUCGGAAACCUGUCCUAUUGACGAUCACUACAGAGAUUGGAGCUGGGAAACACUGAGUUACAAGGAGCUGCUAACAGUGUUUGAAAGGACACCAGGGAAGGAAUUGGCAAGGCCAAAGUGUUUUGGUGUCCUGUCAUCUUCAGGAGAUGCUCCUUGCAACGUAUUAAUGGUGCUUUUUAAAAAGGACCCAAGGGUUUUAUAAGGAUGUGCUGGUCAGUCCUGGGGUAUUACAGCAGUCCUCACUUGUCUGUGGCUUAUUCAGGGUGCUGCAAGAGCUUUAGAUUCCGUUUAGCACUGUAGAUAUUUAAUACCCCUGCUGUAAAUUGCCAGGAACAAAGGGAAGAGGAAUCUGCUUGGCUGGGAUUAACCAUGAUCUUGGAACGUGAGGCAUGAAAUAGUCCUUACUAUGCACUUAGGGAACGUAAACAUUUUUGAUGUGGAAGCAUGUUUGUAGAUGGACUUGUAAUGUGUGAGUAGGUUGUCAAAUGGCUGCAUCAUAUUAUGGUUUGCAUCUGAGUUUACAUGACAAAUCUUCAACCUCUUAAGUACAAAGCUCAAACAAUGUGCACAGAAGAACUAUUAUUGUACCUUGGGCAAAAAUAUUUGAGUUCUAGAAAAGUAUAGAAAACCCCCACAGUGAUGUGUACAGCUUAGUACUGAUGGGUUAAGUACUUGGUAGAAGUAUGUGUCACAAAAAGGAACAUCCAGCUGUCUGAGUGUAUUAUAGGGUGGGAAUAAUACUCAUUACUUAAAAUGGUUGCUGUAGUACACGCAUCAGAGGCAGCCAUGUUGUGGCCUGAAGCUGUAUUAAUGAUAAUGCAGCCUAUGAACUCGCUUAGAACCAGUAACCUCACUUAGAUAUGAGACAAUUAGUGUGACUUGUAUUUAAUGAAUGGAUAGGCUCUAUUGUUUCAUGACUUCUUCAGGCCACAGAAUGGAUGCAUCUACGGUUUGAAGAUGUUAGGUUUAACGCAAUCUAUUGUAAUAACCAUACCACCCACAAAAGUGAGCAGACCAUCUUUUGGACUACAAUUAGUCUGGGCUGUUCCUUUUUCAGGGUGUAAUCUUCAUUAGACGGCAAAGAGAAGCCCUGGCGCCCACAGUUAAUAUGGAGGUUAUGUUAAUGCAGUGCCUUAUAGUAUCCUUUAAGGGAUCUUGCAUAAUAGCUUUCCUAUGGCCCCUCUAUUUCUGAAUGUAUAUAUUUCACCACCUAUACAUGUUAGUUUUUAUUUUUGGAUUCCGCAGUUUGCAUGGAGCGCCACGCACUUUAAUAAAUACUUUUCCACUUAUAACUGGGCUAGAAGCAUACAAUAGGAACAGGUACAGCAUUUUUCUGAGGUAAUUUUAUUAGCCGAUGACUCCCACUCCCAAAACCACCACUCUGUUUUUGGAGUUUAGCUGAGCGAAGUAAGUCGGCCAUUUUCCUAGCAGACCAAAGGGACUAGUCAAUACUGCAAUAUAGCACUUAUAAUAUGCUGUAAAACCUGCACUUAAUUAAAAUGGUUUGCAUUGUAAGGCCUGGUAGAAAGAAGGAUAAUUGUAUUUCAUUAUACUAUAUUAGCAGGGGAUGGAUAGCAAGGGGCUCGCUGAGGUUCCGUUCUUCGCAGCUGGAAGGCGGAUAAAUUAGAAACAACGUUUUACCUCAUCCACACAACCAAAUUGUUUUCAUAGUAGUCUAAUUUUAAAGGCUUAAAUCCAACUGAAAAUUAAGGCAUAAAUGACAAAUGUUAAAUGUUUUGGGUGGGGUAACAUCGUGAAACUAACCUGUUUCUAAAUUAGGCCGCCUUGGGGUGCAAAGAACGUUCCGGGUCCUUCUGUCAUCCACUCGUAUGGAUGGAAAGUCCGUUUUAUGCUAAAUUCUCACCACAGUGGGAGAUGGUUUGAAUUUUUACACCGCUCGGCUGAAAUUUCAGUCUUUGCAAACCUGUGGAACACAAUCACACACAGGUACAGGUAACCUCCCCCCACCCUCCCCCCUUAAAAAAUAAUAUGUAUAUUUUUGUAAUAUUUGCUAUAUUUUCAUAGCGUUGUAAUCAAUGAUGCAAUCGUGCAGAUAAAGGUACGGAGCACUAUUAUCAUUAGAGGUAUUUAAAUUAUGUAUUUUGUGCUCGUCUGUAUUUAUAUGUAUUAUAUCUGAAUUGGGAAUAUGCAUAUUGGCUUGCAAUAUGUAGCCUGUAAAAGUAUUGCAUUAGCGAACCGGCUCCUCCUGUCUCAUGGCCACUUAUCUACAGUCCUGUCAGAAUGAAGGCAGCCAUUUUGUGGUUGGAUCUCUGUCCAUAGGAACUAGUGACAUAAGGCUUCAGUGAUGCCACGAGUUCUUAGCAACAUGGCUGAACAGUUUGGCUAUCAACACUAUUUGCCUCAGUUUUCUUGCUUUAUAGCUUUUUGAAGGGUGUUAAUAUUGUGGUAUCUUACCUACAUCUCUGUAAAUGAUAAAUGGGGAAGGUUUAGAAAACCUUUUUGAGAGUGAAGUUGCCCAUAGCAACCAGUUUCUGUCAUUUCAUAGACUGUGCUAGAUAAAUUAUAGUUAAUUGGUUGCUGUAGGCAACUUCUCCACUUUAUUUUUCUUGAAGGUUUGACACAUCUCACCUGAUAUGUUUUAUGAAAAGAUUUCGUAAAUUGAACGUUUUUAAACAAGGCAUGAUAAAUUAAUCGAACAUCUGGAUAAGUGAAUGAUAUACGGGGGAGAUUUAUCAAAUCUUGGAGAAAAAUAAAGUACCAAACAAUCAGCUCCUAAGUGUCAUUUUUUCUAGCACAGCUUGUAAACUGGCAGGAGCUGAUUGGUUGGUAGUGUAUCUGGCUCCAAGAUUUGAUAAACCUCCCACAUAGUCUCCUGUUAUUGGAUUAGUUCUUAAAAUGAGACAAAACUUCCCCACAGAGAAACUUAUUUUAAAAACACAAGUUGCUCAUUGAGGAUCUACUAAUCUCUUAUGUCUGGGAUUGUUCUGAAUACUUGUAUCGGAGAACUGGCUCAGUGCUAUGUCCUGCUUGCAGUAUGUUUAAAUAUUAGGGGUCUAUUCAUAGAGCAGUGAAAAGUAUGGAGAAGGGAGCCUGUGGAGAAAGUUGCCCAUGGCAACCAAUCAGUAUUGAAGUAACAUUUAUACUUUGCAUACUAUACAAUUGUACGGAGCAGCUGAUUGGUUGCCAUGGGCAACUUCUCUACAGGCUCACUUCUCCACUCGUUUCAGUGCUUCAUGAAUAGACCUCUAUAUGAGUCAGUUCUCUCAUACAGAAUACAGCCUAUUUGCUAUAGAUACAGGGCAGGAUAGAUUAAAAAGGGAUUGUCAACCUGAUAUUCUAAAACUGGGGGAGGUUACCUUCACCUACUUUAUAAUAAAGUGGAAUUAACCCCCCCACCGACACCACCACAAGUAAAUUAACAUGAAACCUUUCUGUCAACUCUGCAAUUAAGAGCAUUAUUAGAAUAUUUUCCAGUGUGCUGUAAUAAUUAACCUUUAUUCAUAUUUCCUAGGGUACAGAUGAUCAAACACCUCCCCUGACCUAGACCUGGGGAAUGUAGGAUAGGACUCAUCUAAGUAACAUCGGUACAAGGGAUAUGGACAGCUUGUCCAGACUUGCACCAUAUAACGCAAGAAAACCUGAGAUUUACUAAGGAUUUGUGCAAGAGACAGGAGGAAGCGGCAGCUUUAAUAAUGCUAAGCCCAUAUAAACAUUUCUCAGCUGCUUAUUUAAUAUAUUUUAGAUAUUGAUGGUUUUAAUUUCUUGAUGUUUCCCAGUUACUUUCAGUUUCCAUCCAUUCAGAUCAUUUGCACCAGUUGAGCAGUAGUAAUGCAUUUACAUGAUGACAGACCUGUUUAGUUUUAAUUACACAAAAAUAAAUUGUAAAAUAUAGUUAUUGCCGCACAAAGGGGCCUGAUUCAGAGUUUGGCGCAAAUGUCCGAGCUUAAGUCUAAAUUCCAGUGUCAAAGUUAAUGCUGUCCUGUAUUUGUGGGCUACAUGCAAAAGCAGUCAGUAUUUACCCUGCAAUUAUAACUGCAUUUGCUCCCCUUGCAUUGCAGCAAAUCCCCCCCCGAAUUUGCUCCUAUCUCUAAAUCAGGCCCAAAGUGAACAAAAUAUGUGUUCUUAAAGUAUUAUGCACACAUUGUAUAUAUAAUAAUUUCCCCAAAUGCUGUGCAUUACAGAUCUGGAUAAUGCGUAUAGAUUGUAGACUUUAUAUUGGAAGGGCGUCUUCUGACCCCUUUUCUAAUUUACAACGAUAGAAAUUGGGAUUUGAUCAUUCAUUGUUCUAAUAUAGGUCUCGGCAUUCACAAGUAGCUGCCUGCUACUUAGAAUGCCGAGACCUAUAUUAGAUCUCGGGUGGGGGGUGCCCAUGGUCCAGCAAAUAUAGGUGAGCACUGGGACCAGCAAAGGGUGGAGGGGGGGGGAGGUUUCCCAUGGUCCAGCAAAGUAAUAAAUAGAGGAGAUUUAAUAUAAGUGGGAAACCCCCUUAAACUGAGCUGCCCCUAAUAAUCUGUCGAUGCUCUGCAGUUUGCUGGCAGGGUAGCAGGAUGGGGAUUCUGCAUCUCCGAGUACGCAUAGUGAUUGGCAUCAUACUGUUGGCACAUGGAAUCUGAAUUUGAAGCCCCCAUCAGUUAUCCGGAAAUGAGAUUAAACUUCUUGUUUUGGAUUUUGUUUGGUGCCCGGAUUUCUGAUCUACCACUAAACCCUGAUGUUUCCCUGUGGAAACCCUAUGUACCCUGCUGCAGGAAUGUGAUUUUCAGAAACAAUGCAAAAUGCCUCCACCCCCACCAAUGCAGCACUUAUACUGCAGAUUAACAGGUGUAAACACUAAAGUAUGCCCCUGUGAGCAGGCCCUCUAGUGUCUAAACCAGGGAAUGGAACAUUAUUCAAGUUUACAAGUAUGAAUUUUAACAGACAAAGGCCACUAAGUUGGUGGCUGCAUUACCACUCACCCACUCUCCUGCUGGCAGUAGGUUAUCACGCUGUGUGCAGGAGCAGAGACUGUAUGCUUCGCUUUCAUCAGUACGGUUAGUUAUAAUGUAUGUAUUAUAUUAUUUAUUGCCUGGGAGGAGCAAGACCUCUCUUACUUUCAUGCGGAGACUUUGUAACUAUGGUGUUCCGUUGUUUGCAUGCAGUGGUGGCAGCCAUUUUGUGUAUGCUGAAGCAAUAUUCUGCAGCCUAUCAAUUCACUUGGGCCUAGUGACCUCACUACCCCCUACUGAAUGGAUAGGCUCAAUAUUGGCUCUUCUCUGUAUGCAGGUAACGGCACGGAGCGGUCUGAUUUGCCCAGCGGCAUUCAUCACUAUUGCCUUAUGUUUGUAAAAACGCUUGAGAAAGCAACUUGUAAGACAAAGUCACACAAUAAAAAUGACUGCAUAAUUUA